AGGGUUUGGAUCGAUCUUGAGAAUCUUCGAGACAGAGUACGUCUUCGUGUCACGUUAGAUUACACAGGCACAUAUCCAUGGUGCAUGUUUAGGGUUUUGCCCCACUAGUUAUUACAAUAGCUACAUGCAAUUACUACUGAAUAUGAUCGUAUAUAUAAUGGAUCUCGCUCUAGGAGUUAUAAGAAAAGACUUGCUAGCUACUAGAAUAUAAUUAAGUGUAGUUGCUUACUUAGGAAAUAUUAAUGAAGGUUAAUUAGAUGUAGAACAUAAUAGUUGCUUACUUAAAAAUGUUUGACUUGUUCUCCCCUUAAUGCCGUAUUAUUAUAAAUACAACGUGCUAUGUCACUCUUGGUAGUACAUUUGCAGUUUCCUGGAACUUGCUUUUGCGAAUUAAGUCCUCCCACAUUUUUGUUUCAUCGUUUUUAGUCUCUAUCACACCCCAAACCCCUUUUCCGACCCCAAAACGUGUAAGAAAUGGAUACAAAAGUCUUGUCCUCCGGAAUCCGAUACACAAACCUGCCGGUAAGUUAUAUUAGACCGGAGUCAGAGAGGCCCCGGUUGUCCGAAGUCUCGGUCUGCGAAAACAUUCCGGUAAUUGACUUGGAUUCUCAAGACAGAUCUCAAACUGUUCAGCAGAUUGGUGAGGCGUGCAAGUACUAUGGUUUUUUCCAGGUAAUCAAUCAUGGAGUUUCAAUAGAAGCAGUGGCGAAAAUGUUACGGGUAGCCAACGAGUUCUUCGAGCUCUCUGUCGAGGAAAAGAUGAAGCUGUAUUCAGAUGACCCGUCGAAGACGAUGAGACUCUCUACGAGUUUUAACGUGAAGAAGGAGACGGUUCAUAAUUGGAGAGAUUAUCUCAGGCUCCAUUGUCAUCCUCUUGAUAAGUACGUUCCUGAGUGGCCUUCCAACCCUCCUACCUUCAAGGACAUUGUGAGCAGCUACUGUAAAGAAGUUCGAGAACUUGGGUACAGAAUAGAGGAGUUAAUAUCAGAGAGCUUGGGCCUUGAGAAGCAUUACAUAAAGAACACAUUGGGAGAGCAAGGGCAACACAUGGCUGUGAACUUCUACCCACCAUGUCCUGAACCUGAGCUCACUUAUGGUCUGCCGGGACACACUGACCCCAAUGCACUUACCAUUCUCCUCCAAGACCUCGGCGUCUGCGGCCUUCAAGUGCUCAAAGACGGCAAAUGGGUUGCCGUCAAUCCCCACCCUAAUGCCUUUGUCAUUAACAUUGGUGACCAGUUACAGGCUCUAAGUAAUGGGAUUUACAAGAGUGUAUGGCACCGUGCCGUUACGAACACUGAUAAGGCAAGGCUUUCGGUAGCUUCAUUUCUGUGUCCACAGGAUGAUGCCCUGAUUAGCCCGGCAAAGAGUCUUACAGAGGAUGGAUCUCCAGCCAUCUAUCGGGGCUAUACUUACACCGAGUAUUACAAAAAGUUUUGGACUAGAAACUUGGACCAAGAGCAUUGUUUGGAACUCUUCAAGAACCAGUAGCUAGCUGCAGCUGCACGUAGUCUCAUUUCGAUCAUCAUUAGUUUCUUAGCCUUUGCAAAGUUAAUUUCCCUUGUUGUCCAAGUCCGUUCUUCUUGUUGCGAAUCUGAUUAUGGCUCCGCAUGGCAUGUAGGAGUACUGCUAGUGUGAUCUGGUGGAAUGAUGGAUCAAUGAUGGCAGUGUUUCAUGUGUUUUUCUUGUUGAAGGCAGCAUGCUGAGCCACAAGGCUAGAAUUACCGUCUAGAAGUACUAUAAUCUCUUGUGUUAUAUCUAUAUGUUCAAUAAUUUCCUGUAUCCGUUUGUUGUUUUUCUUGGUCGAACUUGAACCUAUCUCCAUUGCUGCAACAUCCAAUUGAAGAACAGAGGUUUAAACCCUUUGAUCUUUAAGGUUCUGAAUAAAAAUUUAAACUGUGUAGCGUUCUUAUUUU